AUGUCACAAUCAAACAAUGCCGAGAAAGCGGUUGAGCGUCAACGCUCAAUCUCAAGCUCCACUGCUGCCAACACUGCCGAAACAUCACUGAAGGCUGAAGUCUACAAGCUCAAAGAAGAGGUUGAAGGCGACAACGGCCGAUCGAUCGAGGAGCGCGCCACUCCUCUACAGAAGUUGCGCAACAUCUUCGACAACAUUGUCCUUAAUUAUUCUCCCUGCGAAGAACGCGACAAAGUUCUCGUCGAGAUUGCGAACAUUCUACUUGACCUAGGCGACGUCAAAUUCGUUGACAAGCGCAAGAACGAAGCCAACGAACUUCGCAUGCUUCCGGAUCGCGCACUCUCCAUCGAAACCGACGAAAGCGAUCACGAGUCAGAAGCCAACAUCAUCGACUCGAUCGACCAGUCUGCAGCUGAGCUAGAAGAGUCAAUCGACGAAUCUGCCGCUGACACGGAGGCUUCUACCGAAAUCAUGGUAGUCGAAGAUCGCAGCACCAAGUCUACCACCAAGGUUGCCUCUCCCGGCAUCAAGUCUGAAGACUACGAGGGGCCCUUCCCUACCGAGUUUCCUGGCUGCUUCAAGUGGGAAGGUCGCUGGUGGUUGCCGCCUUUCGGUCCAGGUCACCCUGUCUCUAAUCAAAUCAAUCCUGGCAACCCUCCCUACGGCUACGGCUACAUUGCCUCUCCCAAUGGCACCUCGUUCCAACCCUUCAGUCGUGAAGCCGCACUCGAAGAGCACUUCCGUCGAUUUCCGAUCCAAGACUCCGAGAAGUUGCUUGAAGCCUACAGAAACAAACAUCAGCAACAUCUCACUCCAUUCGACCAUGGUGAUGACACCGAUGACAAGGUCCUGGUCUGCAAUUGCCUCACCUACCCUGACGAUCGUCAGUACAUCCAGUGCGAUAACACCUACCACUGUCUGAAGCAAUUCUAUCAUCCUGAAUGUCUCGGCAUGCCAGCUCACCUCAUCCCCACCAAUGAAGACAAAUGGUUCUGUCCGGAAUGCCUGCGUGAAGGCCGCGGCGGCGCAAAAGAUAUUGCUAAGAUGGUCGGUUUCUACGCCAGAUACACCUUCAACAAAGUCGUCGCCGAUCCCAAUCCCGAACGCUACAUCAAGCCGUGGACCGCUGAUGCUCUCAAAUCCGCCAGACCUGAAGUUCUCCGCGACCUUGGUCUAUCCACUUUCGAAGAAGCCAAGAACACCCUACUCGAACGCUCCGCUCAGAAAGUCGGCCGUCCAGUCCCGUCCACCCCUACCCAAGCCAUCCCCAUGGUCGUCAACGGUACUGUCGUCAAGCAGCCAAACAAGUUCUCCUGGACUACUGAGGAAGACCUGAUCCUCGUCGAAGUCAUGCGCGAGCUCUACAACGAAGGCCUCGUCGGUCAGCCCCUGUGGGAUCAAUGCGAAAUCCGUCUCAAAGCUCGAGGCUGCGAUCGUGUCAUGGGCGCUGCUCGCAAUCGUUGGAUGCGUGGUCUGCGCGAGGAGUACAACCUGGACGAGCGCCGCAAGAAGAAUGCCAAUAAGAUGACGACUGCGAUUCAGGUUGGCAAGUCUGAACGUGAUCCGGAAUCGGUCAAGAAGAACAAUGCUAGAUACACUGUGUCACGCAAGGCUGAAGCUCCGGCUGGUCAUGUGCAGGCUCGUGCUGCAGCUGCUGCGGCUACUGGUGCCAAUGCUGUCGCUGUCGGACGUCCUCCUAUGUCUGCUCCACCCCGUAUCUCGGCCUACGGUAGAGGUUCUCAGCAGGAUGCUCUCGGCCUCAACGAUAUGUACCUUGGUCGCGGCUAUUCCGAUGAUGAUGGUAGCGAGACGAUGGAAUGGAGGUGGACGUCGAUGAUGUUGAGAUGGGCGACGAUGAGUAUGAUGGAGGCAACGCUGCCAUCAUGGGCAGUCCGACUGUUGCUGUUCGUCGUCGCAGUGAGCGUCGUCGUGCCUAGACUUCCGGUCCAGGCGGCCUCCAGAGGGCAAAUAGCAUGGGUUGCAAUUUGUUGGCUAGUGGUGAUGGAUAAUGGUUGGCGAUGGCUGGAGAAUCGGCCUGGGGAGGCCUCUGGGAAGAUUCGCUGUCUGAAAUCGGGAUUGUCGCUGACAUUUGGCAAAAUGCCACCAGGAGGCCUCCCUGCCAGCAAGACAGGAUACCAACACGAAGAUAGGAUCCGAUAA